AUGCGCAUCAUGACCCUAUUGGCAAAAUGCAACACAGCAUCCACGAGCGAGCUGGGCUUAUCGACCCCGAUGAACAGGUUAGAAAAUGGAGCUGCGGGAUUCACCCAUCUCUCAGAAGCCGGCCCGGACACCGGUGUCUUCGCGUUGAGUGAGGUGCGCGAGAAUCGUGGGCAGGCAGAUCGUGGAGGCUCACGCAUCAUUGCUCUGCCGCAGCAGCACUAUGAGAAGCCUCCGCAGGUGAGGAGAUGCUAUGCCAUCCGUUCACAGCUUCUCCAAGAACUAACAACAUCCAUCUUCCAGAUAGCCAAGGGCCUCAAAGCCUUCGACCUCAGCCACGAGGCCCGAGACUGCGACGGAAAACGCGCGAUAGACAUCGAACUGUGCCUCAUCACACAUCCCAAGAACACGUCUACCAUGCGUCCCAUGAUCCAAGCCCGGAACUCAAGCAGUAACACCCAGCUGAUCCACGAUGCCGAGAUGACAUGGAUGGAGGUAAAGCAAAGAGCGAGCGAUUGCAUGGUCUUCACGACGACGUGGAACCUGGAAGACGGCGAGAGGAAGAAAGAGGUCAAGUUUCCAAGACCUCAGAAGGGCAAUGUCGAGGUUGUAUGUUGGAUCAAGGACUUCAGAUUCCGGACGUGGGAUGCCGGGCCAUAUUCGUGCGAUGUCUGGGCUUCCAAUGUCACUUCCGACGGCUUCACGGCGAAUGUCAGUGGGGGCAAGAACGCCGAACGCGUAACGACUACUUGCAUUGUCUACUACAAGGGUAAGCCAAAGGUCGCCAGCGGCACUUUCAGCACGGAGGACUUGGAGGCGCGGCAAGAGGAAUCCUUCAGCAACAGUGGUCGCAUUGACUUCCCCAAAGACACUUUCACCAAGACACCCACGGUCCUUGUCGCACUCAACCAAUUCGAUCUUGCCGGCGGAAGAGACAUGAGCCUAGGCGCGUACGUCUCAAAUGUCGAUCAACAGGGGUUCGACUGGCAGUUGAGUAUGUCUUCUCAAGGGCGGCCCCAAAGCCAGGCUGACAUUAAGCAGAUACCCGGGGAGAUGGGCCUAACGAUGCUCUCCGGAGCGCAGAAGCAAGCUAUGUUGCCCUUGGAUUCGUCUGA